CACCAUGUCCCAAGAUCUCCAGUGGCUCCUCCUCCGCAAAAGCAACUCCUUCGUCGUCAAGGGAGUUCCUGGUGGACCUACCUUCUCCAGGGAGCCGGGUAACCUCCGAAACCUCCACUCCUUCAAAUACUCUGGUCUCGCUAACGCCAAGACCAUCGACGUUUCGGACUCUGGAUCGGGCAUCGUGAUCUCCACCCGCAAGACCAAGGCUUCCCCUCACGCCGUUUCCAAGGCAUACGCAAAGACCAACAUCCGCCAACGAUCAGGAGGCCGUCGCGCACUCGGUGUUGCUGCAUCAGUUGUGAAGAAGGGCUACCGACCUGACCUCCGUGCUGCCGCCCUCGCCCGUGUCUCUGCUCUCCUUGCCGCCCAAAAAGAACCCAAGCCCUCACCACCCAAGAAGGUUCGAGGCAAGAAGGCCAAGGCAGCUGAGAACUAACUAAAUACUUUCCUCCUUCCGCUAUGCACACGACUAUGAUCAUGCUUAUGGCUAUGAGCAAUGAUAUGUAUUUUUGCCACGCA